UGCUUGCACCUUCAGCAUCCUACUAUUUGUCUUUACACACUUUUCACAAAACAGAAUUUAAUUUCAUUCCUUUGGAUGUUAUGUUGAGUGCACUUCUUUACAACCCAAAAAACAGAAUCAAAAUCUUUUUUAUACUAAUUCAACAACAUCCAUUUUCACAUUAUUUGAUGCAUUCAUUUCAUCUACUUUCUUAUGUAAGUAGUAACUCACAUAUCAUCAACUUAUGUCUAUGCUAAACUGAACAAAAUAGCUAGAGAAAAUAAAAAUGGAGACAACCUGCAUUUUGUUUCUGUUAAUCACUGUAUUAUCCCUCUUAAUCAUAUCUCCAAAUCACUGUUCUGCUCAGUUAAAACGUGAUUAUUACCGCAAUUCUUGUCCAAACGUCGAGUCCAUUGUAAGGAAUGCUGUGAAGAAGAAGAUUCAGGAGACUUUUGUCACUGGUCCUGCUACUCUUAGACUCUUCUUUCAUGACUGUUUCAUCCAGGGAUGUGAUGCUUCAGUAAUACUAGCAUCUCGUAAUGGCGAUGCCGAGAAAGAUGCCGAGGACGAUCUUUCACUCGCCGGAGACGGUUUUGACACCGUCAUCAAAGCGAAAGAGGCCGUUGAAAAGGUGGCGGAGUGUAAGAACAAGGUUUCAUGUGCUGAUAUUUUGGCCUUGGCAACUAGGGAUGUCAUAGUAUUGAGUGGAGGACCAAAUUAUGGUGUGGAAUUGGGAAGAAAAGAUGGUAGGAUAUCUACAAAAGCAAGUGUUGGGGGUCAUCUUCCUCUAGCUCGGUUCAACUACAAGCAACUCGUAAACAUGUUUGCUUCUCAUGGCCUCUCUCAAGUUGACUUAAUUGCUUUAUCAGGAGCACAUACAAUGGGGUUCUCACAUUGCAGCCAAUUCACCAAGAGAAUAUACAACUAUAGUAACCAAAAAAGUAUUGAUCCUACACUUGAUCAAGCAUUUGCAAAACAACUCCAACAAGAAUGCCCAAGAAAUGUGGAUCCAAGAGUUGCUAUUCCUUUAGAUCAUACUUCUCCUCUAAGAUUCGACAACUCGUACUACAAGAACCUUCAACAAGGGAAAGGUCUACUUGCCUCGGAUCAAGCCUUGUAUACCACAAGAAAGUCCAAAAGGGUUGUUAAUGCUUUUGCUUUUAAUAAUACUUUGUUUGAACGAGUGUUUGUUUCUGCUAUUACUAGGCUUGGUCGUGUUGGGGUUAAGACUGGUAACCAAGGUGAAAUUAGGCUUGAUUGUAGGGUUGUUAAUAGUUAGUAAUUAGUGAAUUCAUUGGAAAUUUGGAACAAUAAUUUGAAAAUUAAUCAUACGUCCUUUUUCCUUAA